GAUUAAUUAAACUAACCGGAAGUGUUUGGUGCGCAUUUGUUUAACGUCCGGUGUGAAGGCGGACAGCUAGCGGACUGUAAACACUACUUAGCUGUUAGUUCACGCAGCUAACCUGAUAUUAGAGUAGUGCUUAACAGUGAACAACAAGUUUGCAGUAACAGAAGAAGAAUGGCCUCCCCUCUCCCUCUGUCCUCCCUGCGUCUCCUCAUCCCUCCUCUCCGCCUGCUGACGGCAGCAAUGUGGCAGGUCACUCGGCAGCAGAACCUGAAGCAUUAUGGGAUGCUAGAAGACUUUAUUUCCCUGGUAACUGAGGCCAUCCCACAGCUGCUGACGGAUAGCCAGAGGAGCCUGCUGCUGCUGGCUCUGAGGGCCAAGGUGACCCUCUGUGAUCUGGACCCACAGACCGCCCACACUCAUCUGGACAGGAUCCGCUCCAUCUCCAGCACACUGCCGGACCCAGAGGUCAAUAGCAUGUGGUCAGCUCUGUUGACUCUGAUAGAUAAAGUGAUGCAGAGUCCAGCGGACAGGCAGCGCCUCCUGCAGGAGGUGUUUAACCAGAGGUUUGACUCUGCUCUCCAGUCCCUUGUAUCAGACCUCCUGUCCAGGAUCGAACAGCUGUUCCCAGUGCCCGACUUUAAACAGGCUGCUUCCUGGCUUGAUGCUGCCUCUGGUGGUGUGGAGGAAUGUCUGCAGGAGCCGGACAGGGAGGAUCUGAAGGAGCUGUUGACCAGUCAGAGCUGUUUACUGGGACAAGUGCCCAUCACAGCGGGUUGUGACACAGAGAAGAUCCUCCUGUCAGCCUGGUCCCACCCUCUCUUAACCAAACUGACCAAUCCUGACCCUCCCCCUACCGAUACAGAGGCCCAGUCAAAUGCUUUCCCUGACGUGGCUAGCCCUGUCCAGCUGGAUGUGGAGCUGGUAAAGGUAGAGGUGGUGGUGAUGACAGAGGACAAACAGGACAAUGUAGAGGAGAGACUGAUUGGUCAGACUGUGUCACCAGUGGAGCAGGAGACGUCCAGUGAGAGUUCAGCAUGUUCAGUCACACCUGUGAUCCUGGAGGUGGACAGGUUGAAGGAGUCACCAGGAAACUUGGCUGACCAAUCAGAAGCCACAGUUGAGCAAUCAGAUCAGCCCUGUUCUGAGGUCACAGCCAAUGCUCUGUACAGCAUUUCCCAUAAUGCUCAGCGGGUGGCUCACAAGUGUCCUGGGUGUAGCAAGUGUUUCAUCUACCGUUCUCAGGUGAUCCGUCACCUUCGUACCAAGAAGUCCUGCAGGUCAACCUUAACCAUGGCGGGAGCCAUGAACCUGCAGAGUCAACCUAGUGGUUGUGACAAGGAGCCCCACACCCCAGAGCUCUGCCUCCCGGAGCCCCACCCUGUCAGGACCCACUCCUGUUUCCAGUGCAACGCCGUCUUCAAAACCAGAGCCGAGCUCUUGUCACACCAGCGCAGCCACCGUGCCCGCCCAGUGUACCAAUGCAGCCAGUGUGACAAGGAGUUCCAUCACUUGUCCAGUCUGACCAAUCACAAGCAGACCCACCUGGACAGAGGCGGGUUCAGCUGCAGCAGGUGUGAUAAGGUGUUCAAGUCUUCCAAGGAGCGAGAUGCCCACAGACAGCAGCACCGGCUGCCCGAUCUCACCUGCACCGUGUGUGACGAGACGUUCAGCUCUCAGACGCAGCUGCUGCGGCACCUGCAGACUCACUCUGUGGAGGGAGCUGAGCCCCGCUACAACUGCCGCUUCUGUGACCAGACCUUCUCAGGAGUGACCCAGCUUCGCAUCCACCAGCGCACACACACUUUCCGCUCCUAUCAGUGUGAUCAGUGCAACAAGACGCAUAGUGGCGAGCGACCCUACCGCUGCCCCUACUGCCCCAAAGACUUCACUGCGCUUGCUGGCCUCAAUGUGCAUGUGCGCCGGCACACUGGGGAGCGCCCGUAUGUGUGCACAGUGUGCAGUAAGGGCUGGCCGUCUGGAGGCGACCUUCAGAAACACAUGAGGAUCCACACAGGCGAACGGCCAUAUGUCUGCCAAGAGUGUGGCAAGGCCUUCUCCAUCUCCUGCCACCUGACCGAACACCGGAGGAUACACACCGGAGAGAAGCCCUUCACGUGUCCUGAAUGUGGUAAAUGUUUACGGAGGAAGUUUGACCUGAAGAAACACAUGUUGUCUCACAGCAGUGUUCGUCCUUACGCCUGUCCAUAUUGUCCGAAGAGCUACACCCGUAAAACUCAUCUCAACAGACACCUGCUAACACACAGGACUGCUGGUAGUGAUGUGGUGGUGGAGAUGGGUGACGACGCUUGA